CGAAUAAACGACGACGUACAGAAAUUUUGGAUCUUUGUCCGCGUUCUAUAAAUCAGCGAAGGCCUUCAUCUGAGACCACUUCCAUUCUUUUCUCUUUGUCGCAAAGAGAAGAGAUCUGCCUCCUCCUUCUUCCCAAGCAUAUCUCUCUUCCUCUCAAGAAUCGUUGAAAAUGGGGCUGUCCUUCACCAAGUUGUUCAGCCGGCUGUUUGCCAAGAAAGAGAUGCGUAUACUCAUGGUCGGUCUCGAUGCUGCGGGUAAGACCACCAUUCUGUACAAGCUCAAGCUGGGAGAGAUUGUAACCACCAUUCCCACCAUUGGGUUUAAUGUGGAAACUGUGGAAUAUAAGAACAUCAGCUUCACUGUUUGGGAUGUGGGAGGCCAAGACAAGAUCCGCCCAUUGUGGAGACAUUACUUCCAAAAUACCCAAGGACUUAUCUUUGUGGUUGAUAGCAAUGACAGGGACCGAGUUGUUGAAGCUAGGGAUGAGCUGCAUAGAAUGCUGAAUGAGGAUGAGUUGAGAGAUGCCGUGCUUCUAGUUUUUGCCAACAAGCAAGAUCUUCCAAAUGCUAUGAAUGCUGCGGAGAUCACUGAUAAGCUUGGCCUUCAUUCCCUCCGCCAGCGUCACUGGUAUAUCCAGAGCACAUGCGCCACAUCUGGUGAAGGGCUCUAUGAAGGACUUGACUGGCUCUCAAACAACAUUGCAAACAAGGCAUAGAGAUUUAUUAGUUGAAGGAUGCAAGGAAGUUGAGUUUACUUCGCCCAUCUCUGCUUUUAUGAUUUUCUUGUCCUUAGAUUUUCAUUGUUCGGCCAUGUAUUAUUUUUCUUCAAAAAGAACAGCGGUCUGUUACUGAGGAAUAAUUUGAUUUUUUUUUCCAUGUAUAACCAAAUAGCAUUGUUUACGAUUUGAUUUGUGAAAUCAAUUGAAUUUAUAUAAA